AUCGCCCCACCUGGUUUUGUCACAUAAGUCAGCGAGCGGUCAGUCACUUCCCUUCACACACUUAACCGCAAGCCACGAUGAAGGUCGCCUCGCCCCUCCUCCUGCUGUCCUCCCUCCUUGUCAGUGUGCUCGCCAGUCCCGGCCCCAUAAACAACGGUCCCAGGCCAUCGCGGCCCCUCCCGCCCGUCCAGUCCAACCAGCUGCGCCGGCUCCUGCUGCGCUCAAAUCUCCUCAAGCACGCCGAUGCGCUAGAAGAGCAGGCGAAACUCUCCGACGGCAACCGGGCGUUCGGCACGAAGGCGCACAAUGCGACUGUGGACUACAUCAAGCGGAAGCUGGAUGCCACGGGGUACUACGAUACGGAGCUGCAGACGUUCGAGUAUCUGUUCUCGGAGGGAACGGCGAAUUUCACAGCAGUGAUCGCUGGCGCCCAGAAGAACUAUGAUACAGAGUGGUUUACGUAUGGCCCUGCCGGCACGGUGGAGGCAAAGGUCGUCAUCGUCAAUGAGCUCGGUUGUGUCGCGACCAACUUCCCCGCGGAAGUCAAGGGCUCAAUCGCCCUGAUCAAGCGUGGUAGCUGCGAGUUCGGACUCAAGAUCGCGCUCGCUGGCGCAGCCGGUGCCGCCGGUGCCGUCAUCUACAACAACGUUGAUGCGCCUGUCGGCGGUGGAACGCUUGGCCAGCCCUCGCGGCCAGAGGGCCCGUACGUCCCCGCUGCCUCUCUCAGCGGGAUCGAUGGGAAUGCACUCGUGGCUUCCGUUGCUGCUGGUGAGGUCAAGGGAAAGGUCUUCGUUGAUGCGAUCAACGAGAUGCGCUACACCAGCAAUGUUCUUGCCACCACGAAGGGCGGCGACAAGAACCACAUCGUCAUGGCGGGUGGGCACACGGACUCCGUGCCUGCUGGACCUGGUAUCAACGACGACGGCUCGGGCGCCAUGGGUCUUCUCGAGAUCGCCCUGCGCCUGCCAAAGUGGAGCGUCAGGAACGCCAUCCGCUUCGGCUUCUGGACGGCCGAGGAGUACGGCCUGGUCGGCAGCGAGCACUGGGUGACCUCUCUCACCGCGGAGCAGACCUCGUCCAUCGCACUGUACCUAAACGCCGACAUGAUCGCCUCCCCGAACUUCGGCUACUUCCUCUACGACGGCGACGGCAGCGCCUUCAACGUCACCGGCCCUGCGGGAUCAGACCACAUCGAGCACCUCUUCGAAUCCUACUUCACCAGUGUCGGGAUCCGUUCGGCGCCAACCGCAUUCGACGGGCGCUCGGACUACGGCCCCUUCCUUGACGCGGGGAUCCCCAGCGGCGGGAUAUUCACCGGCGCGGAGGGGAUCAAGACAGCGCAGGAGGCGGAGUGGUGGGGCGGGCGCGCCGGCCAGGCGUACGAUCCUAACUACCACCUCGCGGGAGAUGGAAGAGUGAAUCUCGACGUCGGCGCUUGGGUCCAGAAUACUAAGGCGUUUGCUCAUGCGCUGGCGACUUAUGCGAAUAGUCUGGAGGGGAUCCCGAGGAUGAACAAGAGAGGCGUGCUGGAAAAGAAACAGAUCAGUCAUGAUAAGCGCAGGCAUGCAGCUUGUAAUCAUGAGUUUAGCGAGAUCUAGAGGGAUUUAUGGUGGCGAUGGGAUGGAGGGGGUGUAGCAGUAAUGUCUUUUCUUUGCUUUGCUUUUCUUUUCGAUAUGACGAUGUAUUCUACGUCUAGUAUGUGUGUAUGUACGAACGAAUGGGAUGAUGGGAUGGAUGCGUGCAA